UCCAUGGCUGCUCUAUAAAAAUCUACAACUACUGGGAGCAAAGAAUAUUGUCCAAAAUGAGAACAAACUCGGCACAGGACGGCUGGACGGAGCAGAUUGAUAUAAAUGAUACAGAAUUACUUGUUGAAGAGGAUAAAAAGGACAAUAAGCUUACUCGCAAUGUGUUCUGGGCAGGAUUUAACAUGAUCAAUGCCAUCCUCGGCACUGGAAUGAUAGGACUGCCAUACUCUAUGAAGCUGGCUGGAUUACCCAUGGGAAACUUGAGCAGAUCAUUUUAUACAUAUGCUAUAGACUAUUCUAUGAUACUGCUGAUUAAAAGUGGAGAAAUGUCCGGCACUAGUACAUAUCAGUCUCUUGUCAGCAGGACGUUUGGUUUUCCCGGAUACAUGGCUGUAUCAGCAUUACAGUUUUUAUAUCCCUUUGCAGCAAUGGUGAGCUACAACAUCAUAACUGGAGACAUUUUGCCAAAAAUACUUCAAAGAAUCCCUGGAGUGUCUCCAGAGAGCGUACUUGCUGAUCGUCGUUUGGCUAUCCUGGGGACAACAGCAGUGGUGACUCUUCCCAUAGCUCUGUACCGCAACAUGCAAAGAUUAGGAAAGGUGUCUUUGAUAUCUUUUCUUUUAACGGUUGUUGUCCUCCUGAUAAUAAUCAUUCGGGCAUCAUCAAUGACAGUGGUAAUACCCUACACUGAGGAUGCAUGGGCAUUUGCAAACUGGAACGUGGUACAAGCUGUUGGAGUAAUGUCUUUUGUGUUUAUGUGCCACCAUGCCUGUUUUCUGAUUCAUGGAUCCUUAGAAAACGCAACAAUCAGCAGCUGGUCCCGUAUUACACAUGUAUCAAUGAUAAUGUCACUGAUUAUCAGCCUUCAGUACGCAAUCUUUGGAUAUAUAACAUUCACAGGAUUCACACAAGGAGACCUGUUUGAAAACUAUUGUAAGGAUGACAACCUGGUCACCGCUGGAAGACUCUGCUAUGCAAUAACAAUAAUACUGACGUACCCUAUGGAGUGUUUUGUGGCCAGAGAGGUGAUUUCAAAUGUCUUCUUUGGCGGAAAUCUCUCCACUGUCCUUCAUUUCACAGUGACCCUGUUAGUUGUGUCACUAACCACUGUUAUAUCUUUACUCUCUGACUGUCUCGGAAUGGUGUUGGAGCUUAAUGGAGUUCUCAGUGCGACACCUCUUGUCUUCAUCAUCCCGACGGCCUGCUAUUUAAAAUUGUCUGCGGAUCACUGGUACCACCCCAGUAAUUUUGUGCCUUGUGUAAUCCUACUACUCGGGAUAAUAAUAAUGCCUGUAGGCUUCAUCAUGGCCAUCUUUUAUCCACAGGAAUGCAGUCAUGGUAAUGAGAUGUUUUACUGUCUCACAAAUUCUACACCUCUCGAUACCUCCUCAUCCUUCCCAUACCCAAUAAAUGCAUCUAAAAUAAAGUUAUGA